AUGGAGCGGCAUGGUGGAAGCGAACGUUACGGCGGAAGCCGUUAUGGAGGCGACAGCGGCAGAAGCCGUGAACGCGACAGAAGUCGUAACCAUGGCCGCAGCCAAGGUCGAGGAGCGACCGCGAACAAUCGUUACAUGGACCUACCAGUGUGUCCUAACCUCCACUGGAUUGCCCAAACUGAAGUUUACCGUUGGCUGAUCAAACGCAAGGCGUACGAAGCGCGACUUGAAGAUGAGUGCUGUAGGAAGAACAUCCAGUUCCGUGAGCAUGACAACCUCAACGGUGUACUGGAAGUACCGUUUUGUGCCGACUUUGGAAGUGAUGCGAACAUCAUUUCAGAGGAAAUGCUGGAAGCAUUGAAGACGAAGACAGAAGUUGACGUGGUUCAACUGGCGAAGACCUGGAAAGGUUACGCCGUGGACGAACAGCCGGUGUAUGUAGACGUGGCGGCAAACCUGCGCAUCCGUCUGAGCACUGCAGCUGGACCUGUUAACCUACCCGGUGUGCAACUAUGCUACGUAAUCAGCCGCAGCGACUCAUUGCUCGCCUCGCGCCAUGCGUUGCAGUCCAUUGGGAUCGGCAUGAAUCACUUGUUGGAACAAGUGGCUCAACACCAAAGUCAUGAAGACGACAUUGCCUUCGGGGUGGCGACUCAUCGUUUGCAAGGUGGUGCACAAGACCUCGACAAACUCGAUGCAGUGUCACUGUUUGAGAAAGCGUUUGAAACGCUCAAGAUAACGGACGCAGGCAAGCACGUUAAGACCCACAACCUUAAGGACAUCGUCAUGCAGGCCUCAGCCAAGGGCGUUUGGCGCGCACAAUUCCGUGGAACGGAUGAAGCAGAGAACGUACCAGCGAUGGACAUCAAGCUCAAGGCCGAUGCCCAGCCGCACCGAUGUAAGGCCCGCAAGAGUAGUCCUUUAGAGACGAAGUUCCUGGAUGCAUUUGGAAACCAGCUUGAAGAAGAUGGUAUUAUCUAUUCGCACUCUUCGAGUGCAUACUGUAGUCCAGUCAACCCGGUGAUGAAACCAAGCGGCAAGAAGCUGCUCAAGACAAGUGGUGAAUGGACGACAGAAGAACUGCUCCUACACUACCGCCUCACCAUCGAUUACCGCGUGGUGAACAGCAUGAUCAUUCCAAUGGCCGGUGCUAUGCCCUUCCAGUUCAUGGUGUUGGAAUCCGUCAGGGGCGCCCAAUUCCUAGGGGUGUUCGACCUUACCAAGGGCUUCUGGCAGUUGCCGCUUGGACCCGCUUCCCUGGGUUCUUUCCUUCAUGCUGGCUUUCCGCGUGAUGACGCCGACCCGUGUCAUGCAAGGCUUCUGCGACAGUGCCCUGUUUUUCCAAAGCACCAUGACCGAGUGUUUAAAGACCCUACUCUACAAGAAUUGUCUCGUGUGGAUCGACGACAUUUUAGUCUGGGCCAACACUCUGGAAGAGUACUUGGCAGUUCUGGAAGAACUCAUUGCCAUCUGUGUACGAUACUGACUACGGCUGAACCCUCGGAAGAGCACCCUCGUCAUCGAAAAGGAAGGCUAUCCCAUCGCUCGUGCAUGCGACUCGUUGAAAUACUACUGAGGCCCUUGGGAUUCCGCAUGUACUGCGACCAAAGAACCUCAUUCACGUUUUUUUCCCCCGACAAGGAAGUCAAGGCGCACACACGGGAGAAGCUACUGCGUUGGGCCGACCUCAUCGGCCAAUACCGCUGCGUGAUCGAGCACAUCGACGGCGUGCACAAUCUGUGGGCUGAUCUACUCAGCCGGGGGGGACAACCCGCGCCACUGAGGACACAAAUGUGCUCCGCCUACGGUCAGGCCAAAUAA